AUCCAGCACUGCCGUCAAUCAUAACAACCUCCACACUCGAUCAAAAUGAGAUUGCUAGGUUUCUUGGCUACGGGCCUCUCUGCCACACCCUUCUUCGGUUCUGCUUCGGGGCAGAGCACGGUUCCGGCUUGGGGGCAAUGCGGUGGUAAUGGUUGGGGCGGCGGCACUGCUUGCGUGAGCGGCUACACCUGCUCUAUUCUUAAUCCAUUUUACCAUCAGUGCAUCCCAGGAUCCAGCACUCCGACGACCGCUUCUGCCAGGCCCUCUUUAACUUCAACCGCCUCUGUUGCAACUACCACUAACAUCCGCACAACAUCUCGUGCAUCGACAACUCUCGUGAGUGUAACCACCACAGCAGCUGGCGGCGGUGGCGGCACCGUUCCCACGACUCUUGUCUCGGGAUGGUACUGGAUCCGCGCUGUGGCCUCGCCCAACUUCCACAAUUACCUCCAAGCCAAGCCGACCAAUACGCCCAGCAAAGCCUACCUCGAGUCUCCUAGCGGUGCAGGCCAGUUCAAGAUUGAGUCUGGCCAGUUGCUCCACCUGACUGGGUCGUCUUCGCUGUAUCUCAACGUUGAGAAUCCGAUGGAUAAGACCCAGAGAAAGCUGGAGACGUGGUUCAGCACGAGCAAGAAUACUUAUGGCACGUUCGCCUUUCAGGGGGAUACGCUUACGUGGAACACGCCGGAUAUCAACCGCCCUAACCUGGCUGCGUGGCUUGUCUGUGAGAACCAGGAGGUGUUCAUCAACACGGGGGCAUAUCUAUACCAGACGCCCGCGGGAUGCUUUGAUCAGACUAUACACUCAUAUGGAGGAUCCACUGCAGAUUAUUGAAGUCAUGAACAGCUUUUGUGACGGGUGUUCAACGCCUCUGUCUCAUUACUCUCGUUAGCUAGCACUCAAAUUCUCUACUAACUUCCUAUUUGCCAAAUUCUGUGGUCAUCGGUCCUUCACAAGUGGCUCUCUUUAAUGCCUCUAUCCUCUCCUGGUUGAGUCGGACUCAUCACAGUGUCCAAAGUGAAGCUGUGCGGCCCUACGUACUCUUGCACUUUGCUCCCGUCCUGCACCGUCCACUCCUUGAACCACGACUGAUACAUGUGCACACCUCCAUACAGGUGAGCGUGGCUCGUGAACUCCCACCAGACGUUGAAAUGCAUCAUUCCCGUGCCCAUGGGCUCGAGGCUCCACUUGAUGACCUUGUUCAAUGAUGUGGCAUUUCUGCACUCCGUCUUC